AUGAAUCUAUAGACUCAAGAAAACUAAUACGAUUCACUUAAGAGAUAGUUUAAUGACUUAUGGGGUUAAUUAAGUGAGUAGUAAAAGAUCUGGUUUAAUUUAAAGAAUAAUACUCAGCACUAUACUCUAUCGAAUGAAGCCUUUGUGAUGACUAAUUUAAUAACCGAUAUAAAGAGUAGAGUAUCAGAGAUACAACAGUUCAAUUCUUAUUAAUACGAUCAAUAAAAAUACAAAAAAUGCUAGUUAUGCUCAGAGAAAGAUUACACAAUAAGCAAUUUGAAAGCAUAAAUACAGAAAUAGGUACAGAUUUUAAUAAAAUUGCAAUGUAAGGAAUAUCAAAUAUAUUUAACUAGAAGACAGUGA